CUGCGGGAGAAUGGCUGCCAGUGGAGGUGAGCGUCCCCACACUGUUUGGGCUCGACGUCUGAGUACUUUCGGGACGGCUAGAAGUUCGCCAGGGUCCAUGGCAGACGUAGGCAAACUGCUGCAAGUACAGAAUGGGACUGCAGCCAGCGCGAGCUACAAUGGCGUGGACGCCGCUCAUGCGUGCAACGUUCUCCAGCAGCUGAAAGCCUUGUAUGACGAAGCACAGCUGACUGACAUCGUGGUUGAGGUGGAUCACGGGCAGACCUUCUCCUGCCACAGAAACGUCCUCGCUGCAAUUAGCCCCUACUUCAGGUCUAUGUUCACCAGUGGCCUUACGGAGAGCAGCCAGAGGGAGGUACGCAUCGUCGGGGUGGAGUCUGAGUCCAUGCGCCUCGUGCUCGAUUACGCCUACACCUCCCGUGUCAUGCUGUCGGAGUCCAAUGUCCAGGCUUUGUUCACGGCGGCGAGCAUCUUCCAGAUCCCUGCCCUGCAGGACCAGUGUGCCCAGUUUAUGGUGAGUCGCUUGGACCCCCAGAACUGCAUUGGGGUUUUCAUGUUCGCCGACUACUACGGCCACCAGGAGCUGAAGGAGAGGUCUCAGGACUACGUCCGCAAGAAGUUCCUGUGUGUGGCCAAGGAGCAGGAGUUCCUGCAAAUGACCGCUGAGCAGCUGGUCAGCAUCCUGAGUAGUGAUGACCUGAAUGUGGAGAAGGAAGAGCACGUCUACGAGAGCAUCAUCCGCUGGCUGGAGCACAAUCGCGCCCACCGGGAGCCCCACCUGCCACGGGUGCUGGCGCAAUGUAUCCGGUUGCCCCUACUGGAUGAGGCCUUCCUGAAAAAAAUCCCACCCACCUUUAGUCAAGCCCUGGCUAAGGAUUGGCUGGAAAAGGGCAAGACUGGUACCUGUCCUCGACGGCUAGGCAUGACUGCAUCUGCGAUGGUCAUCUGCUUUGAUGCCGCCCACAAGCACUCAGCGAAGAAGCAAACUGUGCCGUGCCUGGACGUUGCCACUGGCAAGGUGUUCAAGCUCUGUAAGCCACCCAAUGACCUGAGGGAGGUCGGAAUCCUGGUCUCUCCAGAGAACGACAUCUACAUCGCUGGCGGCUACCGGCCGAGCAGCAGCGAGGUGUGCAUCGACCACCGUGCCGAGGGCGACUUCUGGCUCUACGAGCAUGCCGGCAACCGCUGGCUGCCGCGGGCACCUAUGCUGCGUGCCAGGAUCGGCUGCAGGCUGGUGCACUGCUGCAGCAAGCUCUACGCCUUGGGCGGCCGUGUCUACGAAGGUGAUGGGCGCAACGCCCUCAAGUCAGUGGAGUGCUACGACGCUAGGGACAACCGCUGGACAGCCGUCAGUCCCAUGCCUGUCGCCAUGGAGUUCCACAGUGCCAUAGAGUACAAGGAGCGCAUCUAUGUGCUGCAAGGUGAGCACUUUUUUUUCUUCGAACCUCACAAAGACUACUGGGGCCACCUGACCCCCAUGAGUGUACCGAGGAGCCAAGGACUUGCUACCCUGUACAAGAACUGCAUCUACUACAUCGCAGGGACCUGCCGGAACCACCAGCGCACGUUCGUGGUAGAGGCCUACGACAUGGAGAAAAACAUGUGGACUCGGAAGCGGGACCUCCCGUUUGAUCAGGCGGCCAGCCCCUACAUCAAGGCUCUCCGCCUGCACGGCCAGAUGCACCUCUUUGUCAGGGCCACGCAGGUCACCGUGGAGGAGCACGUCUUCCGGACCAGCCGCAAGAACUCGCUGUAUCGCUACGAUGACGAGACCGAUGAGUGGAAUAAGGUCUACGAGACACCUGACCGCCUGUGGGACCUCGGGCGCCAUUUUGAGUGCGUUGUUGCCAAGCUCUACCCACAGUGUCUUCAGAAGGUGCUCUGACAGUGGAGGGAAUGGUGUCCAGAGUAGCUGAAUUUGUCGGGGAGCCUAGUUCUGCCCUGCUCAUGGUGCUGUUCAUGCUGGCAAUAUGAGGGAUGGAGAGCCGUGAAAAGCAUUAAGUGUCUGCGCCCUACGAGAUGGGCUAUCUGAAGCUUGCGGAGUUUUCGAGCUCCACCCCCACCUUCCCUAUUACAGAUGCCUUCCAGUGGUACUAGAUUGAAAAGUGCAAUUAUCACUGUGCCUGUUCAGUGUGUCUGGGUGCUCUGCUGGGAGACAGUGGGCAGGUAGAUUCGCAGAGAUGGAUGGACGGAGGGAGGGAGGGAGGGAGGGAGGGAGGAAGAAAGAGAUGUAGAUAUAGAGAGAUAUAGAAAGAUAUAGAAAAGAGGUCACGUUGUGAAAAUGUAUACUGCGUAUAUACGGGUAUGAUCGACAGUGCUGCUUGUUAAGUUCAUUUUGUUAUAUUAAUUUUCCUAAGUUGAACUAUGCCUCAUUUGUGUUUAGUAGUUAUCUUUUAAGUUGAUGCUCCAAUAGUGAAGAUUUGGUGCAAGGGCAGUGUUUUAUUUAUUUUAUUUUUUUUUUAUGAACAUGUCCGUUUAGGUAGGUAGUUCUGGGGAGUGCCUGUUCUUUAUUUUUAUAUAUAUAUUUAUAUAUAUAUAAAUAAAAAAGCAUAAUACAUUUUUUUUUAAAGCCAGCAAGUCAUUCUGGGCAAAUUAAGCAUUUCCGUUAUACAGUCAUUGAAUCUAAUUCAUUUGUCAUAUUGCUGUUCAAUAUUUAGUCGUGUAGCUAUGGAAGUUAGAAUUCUGGACGUAAAUGUGAAGGGUGCGCUUUUAAAAAAGCUAAAACGAACGCAUUUCAGAAUACGCAAUAAGUGAGAAUUUGAGGCGUAUAUUGAUUGCGUGGAUUGACUAGCUUUGACAAGGUGUCGUCUGGUUUCUGUAGCUCUGUAGCAUGUUUCCAACUCUGUUACCAGUUUCUCGUAAUCUCACCUCGUUGUGUAAUAUCAAUCUAUGAUUAACAGGUUUCAGAAAUGCAUUUCAAAAUACCUCUUCGUAGCAUCCGUUUGGUGUCCGGAAGCAAUAAUGAACAAAAUGGUGAUGCGGUGUUCAGGCACAGACGUCGUGUCUCCUGUCACAGGAGACUCCCAUGCCAUGUCGGUCCUGAUCUGGGCCAUUUUUGUCCGCGUUGUGCUGCAGCACUGGUGUGUUGCUGUCCCUGCUGACUGGGUGCUCCAUUUUCUGCGCUGGGAUGAGAAGUGUGACCACAGGCUUUGUGGGGCACCCUGCUUCUCAUCGAGUCCGAGACUGAAAGACACACAUCUGUAAAUAUCCACCUUGGUUACACACGCUGCAGGACAUGUUGCUGAUUUAGUACAAGCUGAACUGUCGGUGCUACUUUUUUUGACAAUCUUGUACAGUGUAGAGAAAUCACAUCUAAGCAUCGUCCUCUUGUUUUCACCAUUUAAACUACUUGUCAGGAAUUUAAGAUGUUUCCAUUAAUGUUUCAUAUUUGCACUACGUUUCAGAAUUUCUUGCUCGGAGGUAGAUGUCGCUAAACUCGAACUGCAAACAGUCUUAAAGCCAGUCCCGAUGUGAUGUGUGCUUUGUAACACACUGUCUCUGUGUCAAACCCGUGUUCAGAAGCACCACAGGCGUGUAGGUUCCAUGAAGCCUGCCACCUGCCGUCAUCCCCAUCCUGUGGAAGUGCAGCGUAUGAUUGAAUAACCAUGGUGGUCCAUGGUGUCUUCUCUUAAUGAACAUGUCUGUGCUUAGGGAGUUAGUUCAGGCAUUCUGCUAUGAGAUUAGGGGAACUGAAAUGGACAAUUCUCAGGAUUAUAUCAAUACACAGUACUGUAACUCUGCUAAAUGUGUAUCAUACUGUACGAUACGUUUGCUCUACUUGCACAAAUUAAGUAUGUUUUGGAACCUGAAGAAUAGGUGUGAUUCCUCCACCCCCACCCCCAAUAUAUUUUAAUUAGUGGUGUGUGUUUUUCAUUUUAUAUAUUUACUAUUUACUUGGUUUGUUUAGUUAGAUGGAUGAUUAGCUACAUAAAGUGUACAGCGUGACUUCGACAUCCGAAAUGGUUGGCUUCUCCCAAUGUAUAAAAUUCCCGCAGAUUGCAUAUGAAGUUUGGUUUGAAGAACUGAACAACCAAAAUUUUGCAUGCGAGAUUGUUUCAAAGGGUUGUUUUUGUUUUUUAAUUUUAUGUGAAAGCUCUGGGUUUUCAACAUGACCUGUACGGCACCAGUACCAGUGAGAAUAGUGUACCACCAUUUUUUUUACAUGAUUGUUUGCUAUGCGAGUUUUCUAUCAUGGAAAAAGUUGUGAUGUACUGUGAAAUUCAUUCCGUACAUACUUUGAGAAUAAAAACGAAUAAAACAAA